GGGCUGAAGUGCUUGGCUUGGUGGGGGGACCGGAUGACUGGCGGCCUCAUGUGAAACUGGCAAUCCACUAAUCCUCCACCAAUGUACAGCAGGUCCUAGCACUGGUAGAUACUGGUGCAGACUGCAGUCUUGUUUAUGGGAACACAGAUUAAGAAGCAGCAGUGGCCCUCUUGCGGCAAGAGUUGGCAGCAUGCGGUUGGUAUGUCAACGAAUCCAAGGUCCAAGGGCCCAGAUUGUCUGCCAAAUUCUUGGGAGUUGUUUGAUCAGGCUGACAUGCUCCCAUAGCACUAUGGACUGGGCCCACACCUACGCUGAUGUGACCAAUGUCUCCAACUGUUGGAUCUGCUCCACCCUUCCAGCAGCAGCUGCAAACAGUUUGCCCUGGAACGUGUAUCCUGCUUCUGUGAAGAACUGGACCUGGCUAGAAGCUUGGGGUCCCACGGACAAUGGGUGGGAUGCCACAGGGCGGGCUUUGGAUAGAGGACAUCACAAAACCCAUGGCAAACCUGCCCCCUGGCUGACUCCUAGUGUCCAUGAUGGAUGGGGCUGGCUAAUGGGAGAACACGUGGUGCCCCCAUUGCAGGUAUCACAAUGUAUAGAGCAGCACUGGGGUAAAGUCACUGUGGGAUGGUUGCCUACUGAGGUUUGUGCAAAUGUAACAUGUGUCACCUCACCAAGGGUGUGGUGGAACAAGCGGCCUUACCAAGGCUAGGCCCGCAUGGACUAUGUGCCCCCAGGGAGUUUAUGGGUCUGUGGGGACACACGAUGGCCAUAUUAGCCAGCCAAUUGGACUGGACAUUGUACCUGGGGUUGGCCCUAUGUGCCUGCCACUGUGCUUCCCACAUUGACUAGUCGUGGCAUAACUGGGAGCCACUGUGUUCCAGCUUUUUGCCAGUGCAGCAGGCCCCCUGGUGGUUCUAUCCCUUAGCAAUGACUAUCCCUGGAGCAGGCGUCAUUACUGUAGAAAAGCAGGUUGCAGCCCCUUUGCAGACCACACAGCUCGGGCCUGAGGUGCCCUCCUUUUGUUAACUGAUGAAGUUGAUCAGAUCAGGAAGGUGACGCUGCAAAACCGGACGGCCUUAGACAUAGUCGCAGCUGCCCAAGGUGGCACCUGUGCCCUUGUAGGGACACAAUGUUGUACAUUUAUCCAUUACAAUCACUGGAAUACAAUGGCAGCUUUACAAGGGGUGUCAUAGGAGAAUAAGGUGACUGAGCACCUUACUGAUGACCGCCUGCAGAGACAGUGGGCGUCUUUGGGCUCUGGCCUACAUUGGGCUCUCAUAAUCAUAGGUAGCAUAGCAGGAAUAUUAGUGGUACGUUGUUGCUCUCUGUCUUGUGGCUGUGGCCUAUGGGUCCAGGCUGUGCCAUAUGUGCAUGGGUCCCCACCAGAAGGAUUCCUAGUCCUAGGGGGUGGUGUGUGAGGAACAUGGCUGUGUGCGGUCAAGCAGGCAUAGGGCAGCAGGCAUAGGCCAAGGUAAGCAGCCUAGAUGACUCAUCGGGAUUGGGGCACAAGCGCACAGUUCCAUAUCUUAUAUAAUCAUAGCCAUGUAGGCACAACAUAAAGAAGCUCCCCACCUGGCUCUCAGUCACUAUCGUUUGUGUAGUGUAUAAAUGUAACACUGACCCUGUGAAGGGGCUGCUGAAGAAAGCCAUGUCUCAUUUAUCUGCUGUGUCUUGAGUGUUCUUCCAGCUCCCUGCCCCACGUCCACCCACUCCCCUCAGCCCUCAGCUGGGGCUAGAACCUAACCCUGAGCAUGACAGAGAUACAUAGAGGGUUGUAAGCAGAGAAACGACAAGCUCCUAGGAUUUGAAAGGAUCAUUCUGACUACUUUGUGGAAAAUAGAUUUGAGGGCACAAGGACAAAACAGAGAGACCUGCUAAAGGGCUGCUGCAAUAGGGCAGAUGAGAAAUGGUGAUGGCUUCAACUAGAGCAGUGGUGGUGGAGGAGGUGGUGAGAAAUGUUUGAAUUCUGGAAAUAUUCUGAUGACAGAGCCAACAUCAUUCGUUAAGGGAUUGAACAUGAGUUGUAACAGAGAGGAAUAAAGGAUAAUUCCAAGAUUAUUUGUUUCAUAGUUCUCCUAAAUAUCUGAAGAAGUAUCAGAAGUUAAAUACUCAACAGUGUAGCUAGGAAUUAAGUGAAAAAUACCUGCGAUUUCUAGUUUUUGUUCAUCAGAUGAGUCAGGACACAUCUGGCUGAACUGUAGGAUGUAAACACUGAAUACCCCACUGGUAGCGGGGGAAUAGAGAUGAAGAGGGUGUUCUGAGGGUCUAGCCGUUGCAUAGACAGUGAAAGCCUCCUCCCCGCAACACAUGCAGCCACAUACCCUUCUCAAAUAAACAGAGUGAACCACUAGGCUGUCUUUUCCCUCUUUGAGUUUCUUGCUCAUACCCCAGUCCAUUUCUGUGGCUUGGAAAGUAAGGAGGAUUGCAGAGGCAAAAUAAUUUGGCACAUGAUUGUACCCAAGAGAAAACGUAACUAGGGAAGAUCAGGGACCAGCUAGAAGGGGGUGAUUCUGAGGAAUGCCGAGUAGGACACAGGGUUCUUAUAGAGUUACCCCGCCCUAUAUUGUCUCUGGCUGUGGCCUGUAGAGGAACUUGGUAGUAUAUGUAGCCCCCAGGGCAAUUCCAGUUACAUCUUGGGAGCUUUUUUUCUGAAAAAUAACCAUUCCUAUGCUGCGCAUGGUGGCUCACAAUGGUAAUCAAAGCACUUUGGGAGACUGAGGCAGGUGGAUCA